GCACUAUGUGCUGUGGUAGUCUGCAUGUCUUGAUAUCUCAACUUGACUGCAUGUAACUGUUUUGGCGUUUCCAAUUUUUGCUUUUAUCUCUUGGAUAUAAAUGACGGAUUGCCAAAUGGUUUCCUCAGAUUUUACAGCAGAUGAGAAGAUGGAGAUUGAAAGCAUUAGGACGUAUAAGGAAACCCUUCUGGAUGAUAUCCAGAAGUUAAAGAUGGAGAUAGACAACGUCAUGGCAGAUAUACUCACCUUUGAGUCGUCGGAGGAAAACAGCAAGACCCUAGAGAAGAGCAAACAGUUGUCUGCAAAUGGGAAGAAGAAAUUCAACAUGGACCCCAAAAAGGGCAUCAAUUACCUGGUGGAGAAUAAGCUGCUGGAAAGAAGUGCUCAAUCCAUCGCUGACUUCCUCUACAAAGAGGAGGGACUCAACAAGACAGCCAUUGGAGAAUUCCUUGGAGAAAGGGAGGAGCUCCACCUCCAGACCCUGAAGGCCUUCGUGGAGCUGCACGAGUUCUCCGACCUCAACCUGGUCCAGGCCCUCAGACAGUUCCUGUGGAGUUUCCGUCUGCCUGGUGAAGCCCAGAAGAUCGACCGCAUGAUGGAGGCCUUUGCCACGCGCUACUGUGACUGCAACACUCAUGUCUUCCAGUCGACCGACACAUGCUACAUCCUGUCAUUUGCCAUCAUCAUGCUCAACACCAGCCUCCACAACCCCAAUGUGAAGGACAAGACCACUCUGGAGCGUUUCUUCUCCAUGAACAGAGGCAUCAACAACGGGGAGGAUCUACCUGAAGACUUGCUUUCGAAACUGUACGAGAGCAUUCGCAACGAGCCUUUUAAAAUCCCAGAGGAUGAUGGGAAUGAUCUGACUCACACGUUCUUCAACCCUGACAGAGAAGGCUGGCUCCUUAAACUUGGAGGUCGAGUGAAGACGUGGAAGAGGCGAUGGUUCAUCCUGACUGACAACUGCCUCUACUACUUUGAGUUCACCACUGAUAAAGAGCCCAGAGGCAUCAUCCCUCUAGAGAACCUUUGUGUGAAAGAAGUGCCAUAUCCUCGCAAACCGUACUGUCUGGAGCUGUACAACCCCAACAGUCGAGGGCAGAAGAUCAAAGCGUGUAAAACAGAGACAGACGGCAGAGUGGUGGAGGGGAAGCACCAGUCCUACACCAUCUGUGCUCCCAGCGCCGAGGAGAGAGACUCCUGGAUCGAAGCCAUCAGAGCGAGUAUUACCAAGGAUCCGUUCUACGACCUGGUCUCAGUCCGUAAGAAGAAGGUGAUAAACCAAGCUCCUCAGGACUGAGCUCUCCAGUGCUCCCCAUGGACGUUUAUAGUACUGCCCCACAGUGGGAUUCAGCCUCCCUUUAAGUUGUGUUAAACACCGCGCAACAUGACUGAGCGAGGACAACGGAAGCUAGACACUGACAGUGGUCGUUUAGGCUAUAGGAGGGACUUCUCUUUCCACUUCUCUUUUUACAGACUAAACUAAACAAUGUCAAAGGGUGAAAACGAGCCACAAAGAAUGAGUGGAUAUAUCUUGUGCCAUAAGAAGCGGAUUUUUGGUUGCCUGCUCCACAAGAUUUAGUUUCUUGGAUUAGGAAGAUAAAUUAAGCAAGUGAUGUCCCGGGAGGUCUACUGUCUUCAUGCCCUCUCAACUUCUGUCCAGUGGAUCAAUAUUUCCUGCAUGAAAAGAGUUCUACAUAAUAUGCUACUGUUCCGGUUAUGUGUCAUUAGAGGAGUGUUGCUAAUGCUUCAUUUUGUAAAUACAGAUAUUUUUUCAAGCAUUUAGAAUUCAUUUUUUGUUUCUUGUUGGAAAGUUUCUCGUACUUUAUAGUGACAUAGAAUCUGCCUUAAAAUGCAGAAAACUCGUUCUAAUCAGACCAAUGAUUUCACUUACUACACUUAUA